AUGACAACGGCUGCAGAGCACCCUAUUUAUAUCGACCAAGGGAAUGUAGGCGACAAUGAAGUCGUCGUCCACUCGGAACAAACCGUCCAAUCUGCAUCCAUAAUUUUCGAGGAAGAUGCCGAUUCGCGUGAUUCUGGUGUUUCGAUGACAAGUUGUAGUGGUGAUAAGAAAGAUAUCAUGGAAUCCUCAGGGAUUGUGGAUUUUAGCAAAACGGAACCACGACUUGCCCUUUCCGAUUGUUCAAAUUUUGUCGCAAAAAUGAAACGAAAUUCAUCGGUCAGCUCAUCUCGUAGCUCCUCAUUAUUCUUAUGUAGUAUUUUCAGCUACAACUACGAUACACCAACCGGGCGAACGAAGAGAACUAUUUUCGACACGGAUACCUAUGAUCAAUCGAUGUAUGAGAAGAAAAGCUUACUCGACAGGACACUUGAUAAACAUAGGAAAAGAAGUUCUUCGUCGAUGUCACCCACUUUCACUCUGAUGGAUCGGAAGCGUAGUAGAAACUUGUCAGUUGCUGCUCCACAAAGUGAAAAGAUUUGCCGCUACAAUGGUUCUUUCAACGUCCCUAAUUGUAAUGAUCCCUUUGGAGAUGAUGACGACGAUGACGUCUUUCUGCAGCAGAAUCAAAGCAGUAGCCAACAUUUCAAUACUUCGGCAUCAACGUUUGCCCCACCAGCACCGCGGACGGCUACUUCAUUAUGGGACUUGGCCCCUCCAACGCCUUUGGAACGGAAAUCAUCCGACACCUCAGCAAACGGAUCAUUUCUGGAAAGACCGAAGCAAAUGUUGAGAGCAAUGAGCGUUGGUGUCAUUGACCAUGAUUUGCCAGCUACGCUUGAAGUAAAGUACACCCUUCCCGCAGUCGACAAACCACAAAAAGCUUCCCAAGCAUUCAGAAGUAUAUCUGCCAAGACUCUUCUGUCUGAAUUCCAACGUCUUGGUGAUGACUUCAAUAAAACGUAUAUGAUAGUUGACUGCCGUUUUCCAUUCGAGUACAAAGGUGGACAUGUGAAAGGGGCCAUCAAUGUUUUUCGACAUGACAAGAUUAAAGCAACGUUUUUCCCAGAAGACCUGACUUUCUGCUCCUUCCCGAAGCGCAUUCCCAUUUUCUACUGCGAAUUCAGCCAAAAACGUGGUCCUGCUAUGGCUCAUGCUGUACGCUCAAUUGAUCGUGUUCGCAAUGAGCUUCGGUAUCCUCACGUAGAAUAUCCAGAGAUGUAUCUACUGGACUAUGGAUACAAGUCGCUCUGGAACCUCACCGAAUGCAGACAGAUUUGCGAACCUCAAUCAUACAUUCCAAUGAAUCAUAGUUUAUACUCUUCGGAAUUCAGAUCAGCUCGUCUUGAGCGUCACCAUUCAAUGGCUUCAUUGAAACCAAAUGGUGAAACUGGACAUCGAGAAGAGAAGAAGAAACGAUGUACCCGUAGUGCAAUUCGCAGAAAUAACUCAACGUUGAGCUUACUUUCAAAAUCAUCGAGUGCUCUCAAUUCGGGAUUCAGCACGGAAAACAUUUUUCAUGAGUUGGAAAACGAAUGCAAAUGUCCAAAAUGGGUUUCUGCUUUUGACAUCAAUAGCAUCGGGUCAGAGGUUGAUUUGGAUCAGGAACUCUUGAAUCACAGUGAGAACGACGCACCAGUUUCUGACACAUCAUCAGUGAUCGAUUUGAAUGUGGACCGAGUGGUUCAGCUAGGAAUCAAGGUCAUCACUCCAGAUUUUGGUAUGCAUGAUAUUCCUUCAUCAUCAUCUGGACCUUCCACUGGACAUCAUGUUCCACUCUCUCUGAAUGCAAAUGAUCUAGACACCCCUUGUGCAGCUCUCGACUUCUCCGCUAUUUCUGACACAGAUUAA